GUUUUGUGUUGUAGGUGUUUACCUGUCUACUGAGUAGAAUGGACCUAAUGACGUUUGAAAAUGUACAACGCAGCCCUACUGAUGUCCAUGUGAGCUGGUCUGGCGGUCAGAGAGCCAUGACUCAGAACGGCAGCCGGCCGCCUGAAGUCCUGUCCUACUUCAUUAUCCAGGGCCUCAGCAAUCUUGGGGAGACCAGGAUCAUAGUUUUCUAUAUCUUCCUGGUGGCUUACAUCUUCAUCCUGGUUGGAAACAGCAUGAUCAUAUUCAUGAGUUUGACCAACCCAAAGCUCAGCUCCCCUAUGUACUUCUUCCUCCACAAUUUGUCCCUGGUCGACAUCCUGUAUACCACAGUCACCAUCCCCAACAUGCUCUCUGGAUUAAUGACCAAAACCCACACCAUCUCAGUCCGUGGCUGCUUCGUCCAGAUGUACUGCUUCAUCCAAAUGGCUGUCACUGGACGGGGCAUCUUAACGGUAAUGGCAUACGAUCGCUACAUGGCCAUCUGCAACCCGUUGCACUACACAGCGGUCAUGACCAGGCCCUUCCGCUGUGUCCUCAUCGCAGCGGCCUGGGUCUUUGGGGCCAUAUGCAGCCUCCCCGGGACGGCCCCUUCCUGGAACAAGACCUACUGCGGCCCCAACAUUGUGCGCCAUGGCUGGUGCGACCCGUCAUCCGUCAGACGUUUGGUCUGCGGUGACACCUAUUCAGACAACAUUCUCUCACUCUCCUCUGCCUUGGUGGCUCUACUGCUCACCGGAGUGCUUAUUGUGACCUCCUACAUUUUGAUUGGCUUGUCGUUAUCCAAGAUGAACACGGCUGAAAGGCUCAAGGCCUUUGGUACCUGUGCGGCCCACCUGACUGUAGUGUCCAUCUCCUACGGCUCGGCCUCCUUUGUUUACAUAUCUUACCGUGUGGGAAACUUCCCUGCAGAGGUCCGCAUCAUUGUCUCAGUUUUGUACACAGUGCUCACCCCCUUCCUCAACCCGGUCAUCUACAGCCUGAGGAACAAGGAGCUGAGAGACGCCAUCAAAAGCACCUUCUGCAGGCGUCCUGCGCUAGCUGCCAAAAGGCUAAUCAACACAGUCUAUCCCUGAACUCUUAUACUAAAGUUGUGGCCUAAACGUUUUUCCCUGCUGCAAACUGCAGCAGGUUGUACAUUUGAUUUCACCCGGUUAUUCUGCAGGUUAUUAUGAAAACUUUUAUUGCACAAUUCUCUUGUAGAGCAAAAUUGUUAUAAUACAAUUAUUAUUGGCCUUUAUAAUGUCGGCCUGUUUGAAUGUGUGCAUAUCCAAAUGUAAUGAUGUAUAUGAGGAAGAGGAUUCAUAGCUGAUUUGUUUUGGCCCUUUUUAGAUCUAAAUACAGUUUUCAGUGUUUUUUCAGUAGCCAUUGUUUAAUCAAUCCAUGCAUGCGAUUUAAUCAGCGAGCACUCAACUUCAUCUAAACAAAUUGUUAAAUGUAAAAUUAUUAUAUUGUUUUCACAUAUGUAUUUCAUGUGAAAAUUACACAUUAACUGCCAAUGAAUCUACUUUUGUGAAAUGAUCUCACAGAUUUUGCUCCUGUUCCUAUAGUUCCUGUUUUAAUUAAUUAACACCACCUGUGUAAA